AACGUAGAGCAUGUGUGUUGUAUACGGUAGUGUUGUGUCUUCUGUUUCGUGGCGUUUUUGUUCGACAGCGGCAGUAAGUAUAUAUACCGCUGCUACACAGUGUCACAUGGUUUAGUUCUAACCUCUGGACAGUCUGUGUGCAGCUGUUACAUCCCAAACCUGCUGAAUGAAACGUGCUGUGUUUGAAAAAUGAGUCACGCUGACAUGGAGGCGGAAGAAGCUGAAUGGACCAAGGCAAACGUCCAGAAGCUUCUUGCUGCAAUGAAAACCAGCAUUCCAGAAAGUGAGAGAACGAUCGCUUAUAACCGAGGACUGAAAACUCUAGACUGGGAGAAAGUGGCUUUCCCUCCUUUUUCUCCCGAGGAAUGUCAACAAAAGUGGAGAGAGAUAUUUCUGAAGGAUUAAAGGAGAACUUUGGAAACACAUCAGAGGGAAAACCCAGGACCCAUUGCGCCAGCAUAGGGACUGAUGAUGCGGAAGGCUCGCAGCCUCACAGAACUUAUUGUUGAAGCUGAAGAAGUCAUUUCUGAUCCUGUCAAGAACAAAAAGAUCCAUCCAGCGUUCCUGAAGAGACCCAGGCCCGUAACUGCCAUCUAUUUCUCUGAAAACUAUUCCAAGCUUCAGAAGCAGCAUCCAGGGAUGAAAAACUCGGGUUUGAUGAAGAUCGCGAUCAAGCAGUUCAAGAAGCUUCCAGAUAAAAAGAAGGCUCCGUAUGUGGAUCAAUUCAAGAAUUCAUUUAAAGAAUACACUGAAAAGAAGCUGGAAAUAAGGAAAAAAUAUAAAAUAUCCAAUCGGAAGUGCAAAAAAAUAAAGUUGGACCCUAAAAAGACCCCAGCUGUGGAGUUGGAUAAGGAUGAUGAUUGUCUGCCUCCCAAGCCCCCUGUAAGUGGCUAUAUUUUAUUCUGCAAAGAAAUGUCAGAGAAGGAGGAUGUCCCCAAAAAAUCCUGUGUAAGCGAGUGGUCCCAAAGGUGGCGAAAUUUAAGUGAAAAAGAGAGGAGAGCAUACAUCACACGCUGCAAAGAGUUGAAGAACCAGUACUCUACUAAGCUGCGUGACUAUCUAAAGGGGUUUGAAAAGGACGAGCAGCAGCAGAUCCUCCAUGAGAAUAAACUCAAAAUGCCUGUAAUGCAAAAGAUUUCCAAUAAAACAUACAAGGAAUUACUACCUGGCGAGCCCAAGAAGCCAUCCACUUGUGCUUAUUUAAGUUUCUGGCAAGAACAAAUGGAACUUCUGAAAGAGGAGAUCCCAAAUGUACGAAACCGCUUUGCUGUGGUCAGCAAAAUGUGGCACAAACUCUCCAUGAAAAAGAAGGAACAGUACAAAUUAAAAAUACAGGAAAAUCUGAAAAAAUACUCCAUGGAGCUGACGGAGUGGUUUGAGAUGCUGACAGCAGAUGAGCAGGAGGACUAUCGGAAAUGUAACCAUCAUAAAUUGCAAUUUCUGGAUCAGAUGCAUGUGGAAGUUUAUGACAGGGAAGAACUAUAUUUGAAACAACCAUCAGACUCAGAGGAUGAAGCCACUGAUAACAGCAGCAGUGAUGAUGAAGACAAGAACGUACUGGAUUUGAAUGAGGAGGAUGAUGAGGAGGAAGAGGAAGAAGAUGAUGUCAUGUUUGAGAUGUAUUUGUGAUUCAAAUGCACAGUUGAAAGAAAGGCACACAUCAGUUUCAGAGGUGAUUCUGAAUUUGAAGAGAUGCAGAAGUCCUCCAGCAGGUGAUUUUUUUUUAAAUAGCCCAGUCAAUGUUGGCCAUGCCAGCUGGGUUGUACAUCUUUAUGUACAAUCCUUCAGGAUGACAAAACCCUCACAAUCUCGGAUUAGUUACCAUGUAACUGCUGCUUGAUUCUAAUAAGCAGCACUCUCACAAUGUGUGUUCUGUUUGAAUGCUGUUCAUACUGCACACAUCUGAUUGUUGCAGGUGAUAUGAUUAAUAUAUCGACUGUACCCAUAUUUUGCUAUUUUUCUACUGUGAUCAUUAGCAUGCAUGCAUCCCAACAGUACUUCUUUUGCUUUAAAAUUUGAGCCAUAUCUGAGUUUUUAGCCAAUUAUGGCAUACACACUUCAUAUUGUCAUGUCACUUUGUAUUUUAACCUGUGUGAAAUUGAAAAAUAAUGAAUGAAAAAAAAACUAGCAAAAAUAAAGAGGCUACUACUCUGUUUCACAGUGUAUAUUGCGUUUAACAGGCUUACCUUCAUUUGACCGUUUAGAAAAAAAUCUUCCCUUCACAUACAUGGGGUAAAAGCCAGACUUUGGAAGAAGUGCAUGUCCUGCAGAGCCAGUCAAAUGUGGGACAGGAGGGCAAGGAAUAAAAACUAACCAUGACUAGAAGAUUUACUGUCAAUAAGGCUUUCUGAUUUUACAUGUACUUAAGAUACAGUGAUGUGAUUUAAUGGAUUUCUUAUGGUUUGUUUUUAACCAGCAUUUUCUAUUGUCACAGACGUUUUACACGUUUCCAAUAAAUACGCCGAAGCCCGUUUAAA